ACUUACCCCAAGAACUAGGACGGAGAUAGUCCCAAACGCUGCUCUUUUACUCCCCCACCCCCCUUCUUCUCUCCUCGCUCCCAUGUUGCCGCCGCCGCCGGCGAAACCAUCUCUCCUCCUCCUCUCCUCCUUCCACCGCCGCCACCACCCAUUAGCAUCACCGUCGCCGCCGACGCGACCGGGCCGUACGGCGGUGGCGCCGGCCCUGCUCCUCCUCCUCGUAUUAAUAGUAUCCCUGCUUGAGCUCCCUCCAGCGGCCGUCAGCGACCCGGACGAUGAGCGGUGCCUAACGAACCUCCGGCAGUCGCUGUCGGACCCGACGCACAGCCUUCGGAACUGGAGCAAGACCACCUUCGCCGCCCCCUGCAACGGCUUCACCUCCUACCUGGGCGGCGCCACCUGCAACAACGGCCGCGUCUACAAGCUGUCGCUGGCAAAUCUUUCCCUCUCCGGCACCCUCUCCCCCUUCCUCGCCAACUGCACCAACCUCCAGUCCCUGGACCUCUCCUCCAACUCCCUCACCGGGCCCAUCCCCCCCGAGCUCUCCUCCCUCCUCAACCUCGCCGUCCUCAACCUCUCCGCCAACCGCCUCUCCGGCUCCAUCCCCCCGCAGCUCGCCCUCUGCGCCUAUCUCAACGUCAUCGACCUCCACGCCAACGCCCUCUCCGGCCUCAUCCCGGACCAGCUCGGCCUCCUCGUCCGCCUCUCCGCCUUCGACGUCUCCCACAACCAGCUCUCCGGCCCCAUCCCCGUCCUCCUCGCCAACCGCUCCGGGGGGCUUCCCCGCUUCAAUGCCAGCUCUUUUAUCGGCAACAAGGACCUCUACGGCUACCCGCUACCACCGGCGUCAGGGAAGGGGCUCUCGGUGCUCGCCAUCGUCGGGAUCGGGCUCGGCAGCGGGCUGCUCAGCCUCGUCCUCAGCUUCACCGCCGUCUGCAUCUGGCUCCGGGUCACCGAGCAGCAGGGGACGAUGCCAGGCGAGGAGGCCAAGAUCUCCCACCUCAUGCCCGAAUACUAAAUUCGAUUUUAUUUACUAAGAAUCUCUUCUCCGCUCUCCCAUUCCCGGCUCCAUCCGCCAUAAAAAUCGCAUCUUGGGACUUUCCCUGUUUUUUUGCAGUGUUGGUGUUCCUCCUCUUCUCAUAUUAUUUUGGUUUCCUUCUUUUUUUUUUGUUUUUUAAUGGGUUGAGUUAACCAUUUGUAAUUUUUUGAGAAAAAAAAAAGUAAGCUUGGCUAGAUCCAUAUGUAUACCAUAGCUAAGAAAUCUAAUUGAGUUCUUUCUCUCAUUUUCUUUCAUCCUAUGUAUCUUCCUUCUCCUUAAGUUCAAUUGCAGUGGGAUUUGGCAGUCAAGAAACGAUUUUUAGCCCGAAGAUGGUUUCAUUUAUUUUCUUUCUUGGGAUUUUGUUUUCUCUUUACAGAAUUACAGUAUGGGAGUUGGGACUUUGAAGUGCAAAGGUUGGAGAUUGGAGAGAUUGAGACUGGGUGAUGGGAUUCAGUUGUUCAGGUUCUAAAUUAAAUGCUCUAUCUCUUUCACACUUCCUACGUUUCUGUGUUCUUGAGAGUUGAGUCCAUUACUAAUGUAGGAUUAGUGACUAGAAAGAAGGAUUUUUCAGCCCAAGAAGAACUAAAGAUGUUAUUUUUCUUUCUUUUCUGGGCUUUACUGUUAAAGGCAUGUUUAAAGGUUACCUUCCUGCCAUCUAUUACCUUGUUGCUUUCUGCCUGUGGACUGAAGAAGAGGUACAGUUUUUCUGAAUCUAUAGCUCAUCAUCUGGCUUUUAUCUUAUUAA